AUGACCUUCAACGUGGAGAGCGUGAGAGAGGCAUGCGCGCCACGGGCGCGUAAGCUCACGAAGCUAGCCAAGAGGGUGCGAGACUGGAGAGGGCCACUAUUGCGGAAGCAAUUCCAGAACUUGAACACCCACACUAUCGGGAUCCAAGAGGCGCGAAACAAUGAGAGGGCAACGACUAGCAACAGGUACUUCAUUGUCAGCAGCGAGCACGGCAACGACAACGCAGGUGGGCCGAAGUACUUCAAGCCCGAAGACAUCCACGUGCUUGUUUCACUACCACGCAUCCUGGUCGCCAACAUCAUUGCAGAUGCGGCCAGGCUGACAAUGCGCGUGGCGACAAUGGUACCGCAGUGGAACAUGGACUACGACGAGCACAUCUACUACUACACCAUGACGGUUUCAGAAGCGGCACAAGCAGCGCUUCCGAAGGCCAGCGCCAAAAGGUACGAGGAGUAUAUCAGCGGCGAGACACUGCGCGCGAUACUCGACCGACGACGGCUCGCCAGGAUGAUCAGGAUGACCAACGCCAGCUCGAGGUACCACCCAGCAGUAACAAAGCGAAUCAGAAUGGAAGCAGCGGCCACCAUCGGGGACCCGAGCAGGAGCAUUUCGAAGGGUCACAUCCCCAGCGCGUGCACCAUCGCAACCCAGUUGCUUAUGACGGCAGACGAGGUCAUCAACGCGGCCAACGUCGACAAUUUCAUACAAACAACAAGGAAGUGGCUGGAGGUUGCCAAGAAGCUUACCAACUUCAUGGCCAACCGCGACUACGACCAAUUCCUCGACAAGCGCGCAGAAGCCGCGGCUUCCUCCGGAGCAACAAGGGACCACUACAACGAAUGGAACUACGCCAAGAAGCUGCAAAUAUUCUGCGGCAGAAGAAGACGCGAGGAGGCCACAAAGCACUUCGGACUCAACGAGGCGGCGCAGCUAGGAAAUCGAGACGACGUCAUCAACGCCUGCAACAACGCCAAGGACCUGGCCAAAAAUACCAUGCACAGGCACAUGGACAACUUUGCCAGCAUCUACGAGCUCGGACACGACUUGGUGGUGAUUAUGAUCGACCUCAAGGCGGCCUUCCACAAGGUGAGCAAUGGCCUGAAAUACAAGCUCGCGCAGUGCCAGGAUGAGAUCGAUGAUGUCAUGGACAACGUUGACAUCCCAGCAGCGCUGCAUCCAGCUAUCCGAGAGAUCAUGCGCAACGGAAACAUCAUCGAGCGCCACGUCAACAACGAUCACAUCACGACGAUGCCGGCCGAAGCCCACAGAGACACCUGGCUCGACAUCAACACGGAGGCAAGCUUCGCAAGGCCACGACUGGGAUCAGGACCAGGCGUUCCCACCGCCGACUUCACCUUCAACGUGCUCAUGUCAGAGGUCACCAAAGACUACCACCAUGCAGCCUGCCUCGGCGAGGUCUACGUCGAUAUCCCGAGCAGCGACCGUAUUAUGCAGCAAGAUGGUGAGCCGAAGGUGGUAACCUCGACGUCAUGCGUCGACGACGUAAAGGGAGCUGCAACGGCCGAAGAUGGCGAUAAUCUCGACAGUAUUAUAGCUACGAUGUGGUCGCAUCUGGCAAGGGCAACCCUCUCGAGGGGACUGCCCAUCAACGCGAAGAGGUCCAGCUAUAUGGUCUACGCCAACUCCAUGAAGGGCAAACGACGAGCACGACCAUGCACCGCCAGCGACGUCAACUUCGACAGCCACGGAAUGGAGCUGACCAUCACCCGUUACACAAAACUGCUGGGAGCCAUGCUCAACGACAGGAAUGACAUGACACAGGAAGUCACCAUCAGGAUACCGUCUACCAGGGAAGCUACGGGACCGAUGCGAAGAUCUCUCUUCCAACGGAAAGCCAUCACUAAUACUGCAAAUAUCCACUACCUCGAAGUCUUCGCUUUAUCUAAAAUGUUAUACCACAGCGGCGCGUGGACUCUGACGAAGAUUGGUGGCUACAGCAAACUGGAAUCAGCUUGCUCGACGGCGGCAAGACAAGCACUCGGGAUAUCGCAUCACGACAUCAAGACGAAGGCUAUCACGAACGCUGACAUCAUCGACAUGGCGGGCAUACCAACACUCCAGAUGAGACUACGCACCCAUCGGCUACAGCAACUUGGACGUCUCAUUGAUGGAUGCCCUCGAGAACUGCAAGCGCUCAUUGACGACGGCUUCCACAACGACGGCAAUUGGGCCCAGCACUUGACCUUGGACAUACAAGGCAACUCGCAAUUCCUCGAGAACGACCACAAAACGAAGAACAUACAGGACGCUCGAAGCUGGAUCAGGGCUGCAUACAACGACCCGCGCGGCAUGACGUGCACGACCAGACUGGAAUCCAAACGGGACUCAGCAUGGCGCGCCGACGAGCACCGAAAGACCAAGUGGAAAGCACAGAUAUCAGAGACUUGCGACGGAUCGAUUAUACCAGCCCCAGUGAUACCACACCCAGACAACCACAAGGACAGUCAGUUCAUGUGCUACACAUGUGGAGCGAUCCUCGCCAGUCGAACAGUACAUGCCAAACACGUCAAUCGACAUCACAAGCCAGAAGCUGACAUCAACCAAUUGGCCGUUGGCAGCACAUGCCAGAUAUGCUUACGUGAGUACCACACCACCAACAGGCUCAUCAAGCACUUGAAGGCCUCACGACGGUGCGGAGCAUCAUGGGUCAAUGCUCGCACGAACCUCACCGACAACGAGAUCAACGCCAGCAAGAACGAGAUCAAGCGGAUUCGGAGGCUCAACAAGCACAACGGACUGCCCGAAGACUACGCCGAACUACCAGUACAACAGCUACAAG